AUGGAGACAAUCGAGGAGUCGUGGAAGGAUGGUGGAAAGGUCGCAGCAGGAACUGGCCAACAAACAGUAUCUUCCGUAUGUAAGGAGAACCCAGCUGACGGCCCUUCUCGUGGAGAAUAUGGCACGACGCAAGACCUCCUCCCUGCCAUCAACAUCCCCAAUCACCUCCAGCACUAUGUCGUCGAUUUCGACACACCUCAUACGCCAACGGAACUCCGCCUUGCACGAGAAGGCAAAGCAGCCCUCGCCGCCCCCAGGAUCAGCCCAGCCACACGACUCCUCCAACGCCAAAGCACCUCAGAGGGCCAGAUCCUCCAUGAAGAAGAAAUCCUCGCCCACUUCCAAGCCAGCAACCAAGCGGCACCGCUUCUCUCCAGAGCACCGAAGCACAAAUGGAGGGCCAGUGCGUGA